AUGAUUAACAAAAAACCGAUCCACCAGACUGUGGUGCCUUCCUUGGAGUGCGAGCGGCUGGUACCAACAGGCGGACUGACCCAGCCAUUAGCCAGCAGCGGGGGUGAUGACCCCCAGAGCCAGGUACAGAUUACUAUGGACUCCCUAGUUCCUAUGAAAGAGAUAAUGAUCGAACUUGAUGCCAUUCAUGAAGAAACUUUCAAUGAGAGGCUUCCAAAAUCUUUUACCAAAGCAGUAGAAAAAAUGUUGAAUUAUGCUCAAGGGAGUGAAAAGGCUUCUGAAAAAUUUCAUGAAGUUUCAUCCAACAUGAAAGAGAAUAAGAAGGUACGAAUAGUAAGUGCAGAAGUACCGCAUAAUAUCCUACCCAGUGCCAUCCUUCAUGACAUCAAGGUCAAUGGCCAUGGUGCUGAUGAUGAAAUGUACAAUAAACAUGCAGAGCUUCGCAAAAUGGUUAUGGCUAGAGCAGUGUGGAAUAAAUUGUAUGAGUUGGAGUCUAGGCAUCGACACCUGCUGUUCAGCUUAAUGCACCACACCAAGUGUACUGCUGUUUGUGAGAUUUUCCAGCCAGAUCAUCAACACAUCAUUAAGCUUAAAGAUGACUUGAAACAGCCACAACUUAAUGUAAUUUCAUUCACUCCUGUUUAUAGUGAAAAUGAGGAGUCAAGCCUUCUUGCACUGCCACCACACCAUACUUUGAAUCUGUUAUCUGCAUUGGGAUUUGCUACUCCUUCCUACUCAGUAAUAGCAACAGAGGAUGUAAUAAACCACCAAAACAAGGUUCGAGGUGAACUGCAUAAAGAGGGAGAAGUCUUAUAUUUUCUUAAUAAGGCUGAAGAAACCAUUGGAAUAGCAAAAUCAAAAACAUUUUGGUAUAUAAUGAUUAGGGCACUGAGAGAGAAAGCUGCCUACUGUUUUAUAACCAGAAAGAAGCGUCAUAGUUGGAAUUUAGAAGACAAUAUUCUAAAAACACAAAAACGAUUAGAAGAACUUCAGCCUUGGCUGAAAUUCUCAGAUUCUUACUUAAAAAGUUGGAAGGAACUUGGAGAAGCUUUUCUGAAGUGGUUAAAUGAAGAAUUACAGGGAAAUGAAGAAGCAGAAAGUAUUAGACCAAGAUUUCCAAUAAUAUGGGAAAAGUUUCUCUUAAAAAGGACUAACGGAUGA